CGACAGUCCGUGAAGGCACCAUGGGGCCUUGCAUGUACUUCCGGUAGCAGAAGCUCAGUCAGCUGUCACAAAGUGAGACAAGAGGAUCGUUCACCCGAGACAAAUAACACCAAAAUGUCUAAUUUGCACACCGUGUUCAGUGACUACACGUUGACUCAGCUCAACGAAAUUCUAGAGGACGAAGAAAAACUUAGCAAAAUGGUGCUGGACGAGAUGCAGGAAGUCCAGCAAAGCAAAGAAACGACACAGGUGAACAACAGAACUCUGGCAGAAGACAACCUUGCCCUCCAACCUCGACUGGAGCUCAAGAAAGAGCAGCUGACCAAGAUAUACAGUCGUCUACAGGAGAGCUUUGAAGCCUAUCAGCUGCGCAAGUCCACCCUAGACCACAAAUCAGGAAACACAUCACUGGACAUUCUGUUGGCUUUACUGCAGGCGGAGGGAGCCAAAAUAGAAGAGGAAACUGAGAAUAUGGCUGAUUCUUUCCUGGAUGGUGACAUGACCCUGGAUGCCUUCAUUGAUUCCUACCAAAACCAGAGGAAGUUGGCCCACUUGAGGAGGGUGAAGAUCGAGAAGUUGCAGGAGAUCGUGCUGAAGGGCCAGCCGUCACGAUCUACCUCCCAUUCUCAGGAUAUGUCGGCCGCAGCCAGGCCCUCGUCCUCCCUCCUCCCCGAGGCCGGCAAUGACUUGUCUCCUUUGCUGCAGUCCAGGAGAAAGCCUCCACCGCCUCCAUCCCAGCCAGCCCCAAAACUAAACCCAGCUCCCGUCGCUCUCCCCCAGCCUUCGACCUACUACGCCGUAUCACCUUACCCCCCAAUUCCUCCCAGAACAGGCCAACCCUACCCAAGUGCUACACCCGCCUAUCCCUUCUUAUCUCAGUACCCACCUGCUUUGCCACAGAGGCCCCCAUCUAGUGUGGCCCCGCAGCCUGGAUUCAUCAUUCAGUGAAUGAACAGUGUGUGCCAAGGACAAUUCACCACUGGAACUCCUCGAAGAACAAUCGUCUGUGGCGUUUACCAUCUUUGAUUCUUGAUCAAUCCCCCACACAGACCUGAGAUGUUUAGCUGAAGCCAAUGGGUAAUAACGUGAUAUUUGCAUAGCACUCACUCAACACUCCAAACUUUGGGAAUUUGGCCUCCAUUCACUCCACCUGGCUGAGUGUCCACAGAAGAAGGGCCCAGUGGAGCCCACAGUGACACAAGCUGCUCAGCUCGUCCUCUUAUUAGCACUUUUUUUUUGUUCUCUGCAGGCCUAUUAAUGUUUGGUCUCUCCUUUCCCUGCAGGCGUGUUCCUCAGCAUUUGUGGAAGCUCACACAUGUUCCAUGUGCGGCAGUCCAAUAUUACUGUUUAUAUAUGCAAACAAAGAGACCAUAUUUACUGUGUUUUGUCAGAAUAUAUUCAUGGAAAAAGCAUCUAUGCUGUGAUUUUUUUCUUUUCUUCCCCCCUAUACAAGUUCACAUGGUAUUUAGAGAAUACUAGGGGUGUAACGGUACGUGUAUUUGUAUUGUACGGGGGUUCCGGUUCGGUUCGGAGGUGUACCGAACGAGUUUCCACACGGACAUAUUAAGUAGCGUAACGCAUGUUGUGUAAACAAUGCACACCGAGGCACAACACACGGCAUGCUAGCAGCUAACGGGCUACGAUAGACCGACCAUACGUCCUCUUUUCACCGGACAUGUCCUCUUUUGCGGAGCUGUCAGGGCGGAGUUUCUUAAAUGCCUCAAAUGUCCGGCAUUUUGAGUUAGGGUUGCGUGUAUUUUUAAUGUACGUUCAGGGCUAAGAAGGGGUUAAAAACAAAACAAAUUGUGCGUGCAGCAGCAUUUGUGAGGGAGGGGCAGAGACAGAGAGAGAGAGAGAGUUAUGAUAAACGCGCAUGUGUUGCCAGGCUCUGCUUUUUAUCCAUAGAUUUAUCAGAUUUAAUUUUUUAUUAUCUAUAUGUCAAAAGUGUGCCAUUUGUGGCCCACAGCUAAUGUUUUAAAGGCCCAUGGCACAUUCUAAAAAUACUCUUAAAAUAAACAAAAACAUAACACAAGUGAAAUAAAAAAGCUUAAAGGUUAAAUGUAAUUUAGAAAAAGUUGCAAUGUUGACUAAUAAAAGAAAGCUGUUUAUUUUUCUUUCAAACUGUCAUUGCUCAAAACAUAAUAUUGAAUCAAAAUCAAUGUUAUUAUGAAUUAUUGACCUAUCACAUCAAAUAUUCCACUAAGAAAAAUAUUUUUGGUGGAAAAUUUUGCAAAUUUGGUAAAUAAAUAACCCAAAAAUGUAUAUUUUGUUGUUUUCUUACUGUACCGAAAAUGAACCGAACCGUGACCUCUAAACCGAGGUACGUACCGAACUGAAAUUUUUGUGUACCGUUACACCCCUAGUAUAAACAUAUUCAAUUUGAGCAUUUUUUUUUUUUUUUUUAAGUUCUUUAUGUUAAUGCUAAAUAGUCUCGACUGAUCAACAUGUUCAAAGGUGUGUCUCAAGUCUGCCUUGUCCAGAUGGCCGACCUUGCACUUGGGCCGUCUCAGGGGGAAAGUCUAAAGAGGCUUGAGAAGAUUGGUGGCUGAACUAUUUGGGAUGAAUCAUUUGGGCUUUUAGACUCCUGUUGAAGUCGAAGGAGUCGUGAAAGGCCAUCAGUGCUCGUCCUUUUGUGUCUUCUUUUGCUUUACGCUCGUUCAUUUUGUCCUCCGUUCAUCUUCAGUGCUCUUACACGUGCUUGUCUUUCACAUCACUCCGUAUGAAAGUUGUUUUUUAUUGUAAAUGACACCCUUUUGUGUUUCUGACGUGGAGGUAAAACACAUCUGGCUGGCACAAAUACAAACCACAUUUAUUCAAGCCUUGAAAAUAUCAAUGAUUUUUCAAUACGAGAGGAAUAUCAAUUGACUCGUUACUGCUGUUCGCUGUUGAAGAGCCACCAGUGCCUAUAGACGUGUCGGGACUUUGACCAGGUUCUGCUGACUGCUCCGUUUUCCCGGUCCUAGACUUUGGAAUGACGCCAUUGAGCGCGUGCCAGUGUGACGUCCUCCGGCUUUGUGCCAACUGGUGCUCGUCGACGUAGGCGUGACCUCCAAUAGUACUGCAUGUCACCUUUCUUUUAAUCUACUUUGUGAAAUAACAGGGCUCUGAAAUGUCAUAUCUUUGUUGUGUUUACCCCGAGAUAAGAAUACAUCAUCAACUGGACAGGGAUGUUCGCUAAAUCAUCCAUGACAUGAACCCACAUUUCUAAAAAAACUGAAGAGUGAUGAUGUCGUGCAUGCCCUUUGUGUUCAGUCUGAAGAUUCCUAAUACCUUUUUUUGUUUGUUUUUGCUUGUUAAUCUGGUUUGACGGGUUAUCUGUAACUAGUGUUUAUAUGUGCUUGGUGAUAUUUUUAGUGCUGUUGUAGGUGUUUACUUAUUCUGAAUGGAAUGUUUUUGCUAUUUUUAAGUUCAAUAAAUCUCAAAAGUUG